UAGCGCUAAUACUUAGACGGGAUUAGUGCGGGGCCAUAGCCUAACCGUCGCCUAACAAAAUCGCCUAACACCGCCAAAAGUGGCCCCACCAACUUAACGUUUAUGUACGUCAAUAGGGGACAACUUUACCAAAAUAUUUGACAGGCAGACAGGUAGGUAUAAGCUUCUUUCAGCUUUAAUUAUCUCCCUUAAAUAACGUUUGCACCGUUGGCUUUUCUACCUACAUGUAUUUUGUGUAAAAUUGUUACUCAUACAUAUACACCUCAAUCGCAUGAUAUAAAACAAUAAUACUAUGGACUUUCUUAAAUCGGCGGUGGCUUCUGCCAUCGCCCAGGGUCCGCAUUUUCCCUAUACCUUUGGCGACAAGGUCGAUAUCGACGCAUCUAUAUGGACCCUUUACAACGGUACACGAAGAGCCGACGGUUCCAACUGCAGCAUAUUCUCCUUCGAUAUAUCGGCCAAUAAAGCGCGUCUACCCCUUGCGAAGAAUGCGCUCAAGAAGUUACGAACGAUGCGACACCCGGGUGUGAUUCGAGUGCUGGACACCGUCGAGACCGAUACGUAUAUAUACAUCGCGAUCGAGAGAGUAGUGCCCCUUAGAUGGCAUGUUAAGAGGAAGAGCUUGAGUCCUGAGACAAUUAAAUGGGGUUUAUACAGCAUUGCGCGCACUGUUAAGUUUAUUAACGACGAAGGCUCGUCAAUUCACGGUAGUCUUCGCGUCGCGUCGAUCUAUACAUCCGAAAGUGGGGAGUGGAAGUUGGGUGGUUUUGAGGUAUUAAGCAAUGUCAAGGAUGACGAUGCUGUUAUAUAUACCUACGGUAGUCUGGUACCAGACUCGGCAAGAUAUACACCGCCAGAACUUGCGCGAUCGGGUUGGGACGCAAUUAAGAAGAGUCCGCAUUCUUCUGUCGACUCUUAUAACUUUGGAACAACAAUAUUUGAGGUUUUCAAUGGGGACUUUAUGGGCGCGGACCAAGCAGGGCAGACAAAAGGCAUUCCACCUAGUAUGCAUGCGAGUUACAAAAGAUUGGUGAAUGCGAACCCCAAAGCCAGAAUCACAGUAGGAGCUUUCUUGGAUCAGGGACGUCGGUCCGGCGGAUUUCUAGAUACGCCUCUAAUCAAAUUAACAGAGGGUAUUGACAAUCUCGGCGUCAAAUCUGAAACUGAGAAGGAGGAAUUCUUGGACGAUCUAGACCAGCUUACAGACGAUUUCCCCGAAGACUUCUUCAAGAUGAAAGUAUUGCCAGAAUUAUUGAAGUCGGUAGAAUUUGGAGGAGGCGGACCAAAAGCAUUUGGCGUUGUUAUGAAGAUCUCUACGAAGUUGACGAAUGAAGAUUUUGAUGCUCGAGUCCAACCAGUGGUUAUUAGACUAUUUGGAAAUCCAGACCGAGCGAUACGAGUAUGUCUCUUGGAUAACCUACCAGUUAUGAUCGACAGACUACCUCAGAAGGUGGUUAACGAUAAGAUUUUCCCCCAUAUGGUUUCCGGCUUCACAGAUGUUGCCCCCGUUGUACGAGAACAGACACUGAAGUCUGUUCUUGUUAUCAUUGGCAAACUAUCAGACCGUACGAUAAACGGUGAAUUAUUGAAAUACUUAGCUAAGACAGCUAAUGACGAGCAACCUGGCAUCCGAACAAAUACCACAAUUUGUUUAGGAAAGAUCGCCAAGAACCUUGGAACAUCUUCAAGGUCCAAGGUUUUAAUAGCAGCAUUCACCCGUUCACUCCGCGAUCCCUUUGUGCAUGCACGUAACGCAGCACUCAUGGCAUUAGCAGCCACAACCGAUUGUUUCACCGACGAGGACUGUGCAGCAAGAGUUCUACCAGCCAUCUGCCCAUCCCUAAUUGACAAGGAGAAGCUCAUCCGGGAUCAAGCCAAUAAGACAAUGGAAGUCUACCUACAGAAGAUCCGCAAAGCAGCAUCUGCUAUGCCGGAUACAGUCCAGCCGCCACCCCAAACAACCGAAGGCGCCGGCCCACGAAUGAGCACACCCCAACCCAGCGAAGCAUCAUCAUGGACCGGAUGGGCCAUCUCAUCCUUCACCAACAAGCUCUCCGCCGCCUCCGGCGAAAUGCUAACAUCACCCACCAACGGCGCAGCAAGAGUCGUCUCACCCCCAGCAACCCUCGAUCUUAACAAGCGCGUCACAUCCACAUCCUCAGCCUCGGCAUUGCACCGCCAAGCCGUUAAAUCACCCUCUCCAGCACCGCCUUUAUCACGCAAUUCAUCCACCUCCGCAGCAGAGUACUUCAAAGACCCCGAACCCGCCGACGACGACGGGGAUGCAUGGGGCGAUAUGGGUGAUAUGGAUGAUGAUGAUGACGGAAAUGCGUUCUUCGACGCGUCAAGCGAGCUCGCUAAGCCGAAGAAAGAACCCGUGGCCGCUGCAUCGCCACAACCUUUUGAUGAUGGAUCGGAACCCGAUUUUGCGGGAUGGUUGGCGGCGCAGUCGCAGAAGAAGGGUCCCGGUGGAAGUAAACCAUUACCUAAGGGUUUAGCGAAGGCAAAUGGUAAGGGGAGUGUAGGUGCUACUGCCGCGCCUAGGAAGGCUUUGCCCUCGAGGGCGCCGGUGAAGCCGGUUGUUUCGAAAAAGGUUGAUACGAAGCCGAAGGAGACGGACGACGACGAUGGAUGGGGAGACGGUUGGUAAUGCGUAGGGAGUAAAGUGUUAAUACGACGGAAAGAUCGAGGGCAUCAUUGCAAGGCGUUUAAGGUGUAUGGACUUAGGCCUAGAUGGCUAAGGAUUGUGUUUGGUAUAUUAUAGCUAGUAACUACCUAGGUACCUAUGAAUAGUUACUUCUAAGCUCUGAUCUAAUUAGGUGGCAGCAACAAGAAUAAUGAUAGAGAUAUCUAAAAGCAUCUGUUGACGCUUUAGCCGUGGUUUCCAUUUAUCAUCCAUGGGCGCUUUAGGGGUUAGCAGUUGAGAUUAUCAAUCCUUGGAAGAUCAAGCCUUGG